CUCCCCUUUAUUCACGCCGCUCUCACUUCCAAAUACACACUUUUUCUCCUCCACUGCUAAAACAAAAACAAGAAGAAAGAAAGGUUUCCUACAUCUCCCUUUCAUUACAACCAAACCCUCUUCCUUAAAAAAAUGUCUGAGUUUUCCUUCUCAAACACCUUCAAGAAGACAGAAUUCUCUACCCUUCUCCUCUCUGACUUCUUCCAAAUUUGCUUCUUCAUUCUCUCCCACCCUCUCUACUUCUCCUACUUCAUUUUCUUCUCCCCAUACCUUCUCAAGUUCCUCUCUUUCCUCUCCCCUCUCUUCAUCACCACCCUCCUCCUCCUCCUUGUUCUUCUCACUAUCUCUCCCCACCUUGUCCAGGAAAAGUCCCACUCAUCCGAAUUGGGUUUUCUUGUUAGUCCAUAUCAAACUGUUUUGAACACACUGCAGCCAAAAUUGGAGGAUGACAAUGGAAGUUUCCAGCAUUUUGAGGAGCUUGAAGUUUACAAGAUUGUGUUUGACACCUCCACCUUUGAGAUUAGAGAGGAGCCGGCUGAAGUUUUGGAGUUGGAAGUUAAAGAAAUUUGCUCAUCACAAGCAUAUGAUGAGCCACCGGUUGACAAGAGUCUGGUUUAUGAGACUACACAGCCUGCAGAAGUCAUCACUCAGCAGAUUAUGGAAGUGAAGAGGCUGGAAAGCUUUUUCCAAGAAGAGAAUGAGUUAGAGAAAACCAUGUCUUUUUCAAAGGAAGAAAAAGAAGUCAACCAAACCGGCGUAAAGUCCUAUAAAGUGGAAGAAGAAGAAGAAGAAGAAGAGGAAAACAGAGAAAAAGAAUCCAAGGCAGUGAUGGAGAAAAAUUCUCCCAAUCUUGGAAGUUUUGGAUCAAUGAGGAAAGAGAAGGAGUGGAGAAGGACAUUGGCAUGCAAGCUUUUUGAGGAGAGACACAAUGUGGAAGGAGGAGGAGAAGGAAUGGAUAUGCUUUGGGAGACAUAUGAGACAGAAUCCACCAAGGGUCAGAAAAAAGGCAGCAACAGGAAGAAUGAUGAGGAUGAUGAUGAUGAAGAUGAAGAGGAAGACAUGGAUGAGCAGCUAUGCUGCUUACAAGCUCUGAAGUUUUCUGCAGGGAAGAUGAACUUGGGAAUGGGAAGGCCUAAUCUUGUCAAGAUCUCCAAAACCCUCAAAGGGUUUGGAUGGUUGCACAAUCUCAGCAGGCAUGGCAAGAAAGGAUACCAUUGAAUUUUGUUCAUGUUUGAUUAAUUUUCAAUUAUCAGAUAUGUGUCAGCUUGUUUAAGAAUAACAAGUAAAUAUUCCCUUUUGUUUUUAACAUUUCUGUUCACGAUAAGUGUGCUUAAUUAAAAACAAAUAAUAAUUAAACUCU